GUGAUGGUUACACCUCUGUUUGAUGAAGUGUCAGAGGAAGUUGAGGGUGUGUGUGGCCACAUGCAACAGAGCCGACUACUCCAAGCUGGCACCCAUCAUGUGUGGGAUCAAAUCCCACCCCGACGAGUUUGAACUGGAAGUCGUGGUGCUCGGCUCUCACCUCAUCGAUGACUACGGCAGCACGAUUCGUAUGAUCGAGCAGGAUGACUUUGACAUCAGCUCCAAGCUUCACACCAUUGUGAGAGGAGAGGAUGAGGCAGCCAUGGUGGAGAGCGUUGGUCUGGCACUUGUCAAACUCCCUGAUGUCCUACAGAGGCUGCGCCCUGACAUCCUGGUCGUCCACGGCGACCGCUUUGACGCGCUGGCUCUGGCAACCGCUGCAGCGCUGAUGAACAUUAGAAUACUUCACCUGGAGGGAGGAGAGGUGAGCGGUACGAUCGAUGACUCCAUCCGCCAUGCCAUCAGUAAACUGGCCCAUUACCACGCCUGCUGCACACGCACGGCAGAGCAGCACCUCAUCGCCAUGUGUGAGGACCACUCUCGCAUCCUGCUGGCCGGCUGCCCUUCAUAUGACAAGCUGCUGUCCACUAGUCGUCGAGAGGACUACAUGGAUGUGAUCAAGAGCUGGCUGGGGGACAACGUGCAGGAUCAUGACUACAUAGUGGCUUUACAGCAUCCAGUUACCACUGACAUCCAGCACUCCAUCAAGAUCUAUGGUCUGAUGCUGGACGCUCUGAUCUCCUUUAACAAAAAGACCCUCAUCCUCUUCCCCAACAUUGAUGCAGGAAGUAAGGGGAUGGUGCGCGUGAUGCGAAAGAAGGGCAUCGAGAAGCACCCAAACUUUCGGGCAGUGAAGCACAUUCCCUUCGAGCAGUUCAUCCAGCUGGUGUGCCACGCCGGCUGCAUGAUCGGAAACAGCAGCUGCGGGGUACGAGAGGCCGGGGCCUUUGGCACACCUGUCAUCAACCUGGGGUCACGACAAACUGGCAGAGAAACGGGUGAAAAUGUUCUUCAUGUGAGAGAUGCCGACUCUCAGAAUAAGAUCUACCACGCUCUGGAGCUGCAGUUUGGAAAGAGAUACCCCUGCUCCAAAGUUUAUGGUGACGGCAACUCAGUGUCUCGGAUUCUGAAGUUUUUGCGAACCAUCAACCUGGACGAGCCCCUCCAGAAGACGUUCUGUUUCCCCCCCGUGAAAGAAUCCAUCUCCCAGGACAUCGACCACAUCCUGGAGACGCAGACGGCUCUGGCUGUCGACCUGGGAGGGACCAACCUCAGAGUGGCCAUCGUCUGUCAGAAGGGUAAGAUCUUGAAAAAGUACGUGCAGCCCAAUCCAAAGACCUUCCAGGCCAGGAUGAAGCUCUUAUUAAAGCUCUGUGCAGAUGCCACUCGAGACGCUGUCGGCCUCAACUGUAGAUUACUGGGUGUUGGUGUGUCCACAGGCGGGCGGGUGAACCCACAGGAGGGCGUAGUGCUUCACUCCACCAAGCUGAUCCAGGAGUGGUCCUCGGUGGACCUGAGAACACCCAUCUCAGACGCUCUGCACCUUCCUGUCUGGGUCGACAACGACGGCAACUGUGCCGCUCUGGCUGAGAAGAAGUUUGGUCAAGGCAAGGGGGUGGAGAACUUUGUCACCGUCAUCACAGGAACAGGUAUUGGAGGAGGGAUCAUCCAUCAGAACGAGCUGGUCCACGGCAGUACGUUCUGCGCUGCAGAGCUGGGUCACAUCGUGGUCUCACUGGACGGCCCCGAAUGUUCCUGUGGCAGCAGAGGAUGUGUGGAGGCCUUCGCGUCCAGCAUGGCUCUGCAGAGAGAGGCCAAAAGGCUGCACGAUGAGGAGCAGCUGAAGGUGGAGGGGAGGGAUUUGAAGCUGGCUGAGCCAAUCACGGCUCUUCACCUGUUCAGUGCUGCUAAACAGGGGAACUCCAAAGCUGAGGCUGUUCUCAACAAAGCCUCCACAGCGUUGGGUAUGGGCAUCGUGAACAUCCUCCACAUGAUGAACCCCUCUAUGGUGAUUCUGUCAGGGAUCUUGGCCUCUUACUACCAGGCCCCGGUGCAGAACAUCAUCUUGGAGAAAGCCCUCGUCUCGGCCCAGAACAUCAAGGUGGUCGUCUCUCACUUGGAGGAGCCCGCUUUACUCGGAGCAGCCAGCAUGGUGUUAGACUAUGCAACAAGGAGGAUAUAUUGAAGAUUUUAAGUCCUCAUUUCCUAAACAGAGCUACGUACAAGAGGACUGCACAGCUUUUUAGAAAAAAAGACCCUGCAGUGCUCAGAUACAUAAGCAUGUCUAAGGGAAACUAUCAUGACGGCGCCACGCGCUCAAUAUUUUAAAGCAGGAACAACUCUGUGGCAGUUUGUGCGUUAUUCUCCAGAUCUCACACAUCUUAGCUUGUUAGCUUGAUGCUAACACGUAAUGGAAGUUGCUUUUCUUGGUCUAACAGAAUCAGGAUCACAGUCAUGGUGAUUUGAACGUUAGAAACGAUCUCUUAACAAUUUUUUAGUAAAUCAGGUCAAGAGGAGUUAAGAGAUGCUUCGGCCUCGUCCACACGCAGGAGGGUAUUUUUUUAAAACAGAGGUUUCCUCCUCCGUCUAAAAAUAUAAUCACGUCCACACACACCUAAUUCUCUAAAACACCUUCAUCCUUGACAUGCGACCAUUUUCUUGCCAUCCCUCUGCAAAGACCGUUUCAUUUUAAAAAGUCGUCCAUUUAGGCGUCUUUACUCGUCAACAUAGCGGGAGAGUAACUGUGUGUGUGUGUGUGUGUGUGUGUGUGUGUGUGUGUGUGUGUGUGAGCUUUUAAAAAGUCCAGUUAGCAUCGUUAUCUCAAGCGCUAGUUUGGUUACGUCGGCCAUCGCACGAAUCUCAUUUAAACUAAAGAGACAGCGUUGCACGAUGACAUCCCACAGAGGUGAAACCGGCACACAGUGUGGCGUUACAAGAACUAAACUCUGUUUUCUCCGUCUACACAGAAACACCUUAAAAAAAAAAAGAGUCUCUGAACAUCUUCACUCUGGAAGGAAUUUUCCUAAAAGAGUGUCUUCAGUGACCUAUAACGCCGUUUGUGUACGAGAGGUCAAAAAAUGCAGAAAAAUAAAUGUUUAAAAAAUACCCGCCUACGUGUGGACUUAGCUUCUUAGCUUCUAAAUGAAUUUACCCCAAAUGAUACGCCAAUCAAGGGGGCGGCCAUGACACCUGUCGCUCAUUUAAACCACAGAAGUGAAUGGAGGAGGAUGCUUCGAUGCCUGGGCUGUAAACAAAUCAAUU